GCCAGAGCUCAGGCUCUUCCUCAGCUGGGUUCUGCUCACUAGCUUGAACCUGUGGUCCUGAGGCUCACCAUCAUGGAUUCUCUGCUGGAAGCAAAUGGUACCUUUGCCUUAAACCUUCUGAAAAUACUGGGUGAAGACAGCUCUAAAAAUGUACUUUUCUCACCCUUGAGCAUCUCCUCAGCCCUGGCCAUGGUCCUCUUGGGGGCAAAGGGAACCACUGCAAGCCAGAUGCUUCAGGCACUUUCUUUGGAUAAAUGCAGUUGCGAUGGAGGUGGAGAUGUCCACCAGGGCUUCCAGUCACUCCUCGCUGAAGUGAACAAGACUGGCAUGCAGUACUUGCUCAGAACAGCCAACAGGCUCUAUGGGGAAAAGACUCUUGAUACUCGAGCUUCCUUUAAAGAUUCCUGCCGCAAGUUCUACGGAGCAGAGUUGGAAGAGCUGGACUUCAAGAGCGACACAGAGCAGUCCCGACAGCACAUCAACACCUGGGUAGCCACAAAGACCGAAGAUAAAAUUACAAAGUUGCUGUCUCCGGGUACAGUGGAUUCAGACACUCUGCUGGUCCUUGUGAAUGCCAUCUACUUCAAAGGAAACUGGGAGAAGCAAUUCAACAAAGAGGACACCCGGGAAAUGCUCUUCAAAGUCACCGACAAUGAGGAGAAACCUGUGCAGAUGAUGUUUAAGAAGUCUACCUUUAAGAUGGUUGACAUAGAAGAGAUAUCCACCACUAUUCUGAUGCUUCCCUAUGUCGGCAACGAGUUGAACAUGAUCAUCAUGCUUCCAGAGGAACAUGUUGACUUGAGAACAGUGGAAAAGGAAAUAACUUAUGAGAAACUCAAUGAGUGGACAAGUCUGGACAAGAUGGACGAAGAAGAGGUGGAGGUUUUCCUCCCACGGUUUAGACUGGAGGAGAACUACGACAUGAAGGAUGUCCUGUGCAAGCUGGGAAUGACUGAUGCCUUUGAGCAGGGCACGGCAGACUUUUCAGGAAUAGCCUCUAAAGAAGGCUUGUUUCUGUCUGAGGUCAUUCACAAGUCCUUUGUGGAGGUCAAUGAGGAAGGCACAGAGGCUGCAGCUGUCACCACUGCCAAUAUAGGUUUUAGGUCUAUGCCCCACUACUUCUGUGCUGACCACCCUUUCCUUUUCUUCAUCCAGCACAGCGAGACCAAUGGGAUUGUGUUCUGUGGCCGGUUCUCCUCCCCUUGAGAAAGGAUGCUGGUGUGUGAGCCCACUGGGCCUCCCCCACCCCCAUGAUUUGUUUGUGGACAAUAAAUGUGGUGACAAGUUUGUGCUUGUCACAAACCAAGCACUUAGCAGAUGAAGGGUGAAAGAAUCAGAAUUCAAGCAGGGCCAACCUCAGCUACGUAGCAAGUUCAAAACAAGCCUUUGCUACUCUAGACCAUUAAAAAUAAAAACAGAACAAAUCAAAACAGAACUAAAGAAAAUAGCUGCAUCUGGGUUCUUUAUGAAAAUGAAGUAUUUAGUUCACAGUUCUGGAAGCCACAGAACAUAGUUGGGGCUUCUUUGCAGCUCAAGCGU